CAGUCUAUCGCUCGCCUACUAAUUCAUUCAUUACUUUCUAUUAUUUGUUGUAAAUAUUUUUGUUUUAAAAUGCUAUAAACUGCGCGUAAAACGUAUCCCAAAUAGUGCAACAUGAGGCUUUAAGGUGUCGGCUAGGCUUUAUGCAUGUUGUUUGCCGCGUAACAAAAGCACAAUUGCGUUUUUUCCACCUGCCAAGUGUGCGCACAACACAAGGACGGGGGCCAGAGAUUGCUGUGCUGUGCUGUGUCGUCGUCGUUGUCAUUUCCCAGUGCCAAAUACAAAAAAAGAGCUAGUUGAAUAGCGUCCAUGAGUACCUGGCAUAAAACAAAAAGAAGGCAACACCAGGUGUAAGAAUCAGUCAGCAAGGCGAUGACGAUGAAUAUACAUUAGUUUUGAAAUACGUACACGACAUACAUAUCUAUGUAUAGCUGGAAACGCAAACUGGAAACGAGAAUACUCAGCGCACAAAAAUUGCAAGAUAAGAAUUAAUUAAAUACAUGCCAAAAUAACAAUUAAAACAAAAACAACAAUCGCAACGGAAACAAUGAGUUGGCUACGAACCAGUCCAUUGCGUCAGAGUCUUACACGACACAGUGGCAGCUCUGGCGGCAGCAGCGGCAACUCUGGCAGUAGCCACACUAUUCAACGACCCAUCGAUGCGGCUACCGAUUGUGAUCCCCGUGCCUGCUACGAUAGCUUUUGCAAGCACUGGCAACAGGCUCAUGAGAUCAUACAACACUCGGGCGGUCCGCCUACGCAUGACGAUGUACUGGGCGUGGUGUCGCAUCUGGACUAUAUGGUAACGCUGCUGCUGGUCGAACUGCAUCAUUGCAACAAAGUGUCACUGCCCACCACGGAUGCAGCGCCUCCAGCGGCACCUUGUCUGGAAUUUCUGCUCAGCGAGAAUCUGCUGGACAAGCUCUACGAAUGGGCGAGCACAACAGGACGCUAUGCCAACGCUGUACGGCUGGAGCAGCUGAAGUUGUACGAGUUACUUGUCAGCCAUUCGCGUCAUCAGCUGCUGUGUCACGAGCCGUUUUUGCGGCCGCUGCUCAAAAUCUUAGCGUCGAGUCAGGGCGAGAUAUUUCCGCCAGAUCUCGAGAAACGUUUGGUCAUACUGCUCAAUCAGUUGUGUGUGGUGCUAAUGCAGAAUGUGCAUCUGCUGGAUCUGUUCUUCUUCUCGGCACAGACGCAAGUGCAGGAGCAAAUACAAAACGGUAGCCUGCCGCAGCCCAAAAGCGGCACCACCACCAACUUCAUAAUCUUCUCCCUGCUCAUACCAUAUGUGCACCGCGAGGGCAGCUUGGGACACCAGGCACGCGAUGCGUUACUGCUUUGCAUGGCGCUGUCGCAGAAGAACUCCAACAUUGGCCACUACAUUGCACAAUACUCGUCCAUUUGCCCUCUACUCGUCACUGGCCUUGGUGGCCUCUAUUCUCGGUUACCCAACAGCAUUGAGAUUAGCUCGAUUGAUUGGCAUCGCAUUACCCCAGAUGAUGUCACCGAAAUACCCGAGUUGACCUUGUUUAUGAGCCUGGAGUUUUGCAAUGCUGUUGUCCAAGUGGCCCAUGAGAUGAUCAAACAACAGCUGUUGGACUUCAUGUAUCAGGGCUUUAUUGUACCGGUCCUUGGACCAGCGAUACUCCAGACACUGAAGGGCAAACAUUUUCAGACGAACAUCGACUCACAAAUCUCAGCCAUGUCCUAUCUGGAUCUGAUACUACGCUCCAUCACCGAACCGGGACUGAUGCGUGCCUUUGUCAAGUUUUUGCUCGACACGGAAAAGUUCGAUGGUGAACGUAUUCUGGAUGCGCUUGUAGAGCGUCUCCAUUCACCAGAUGCCAAUCUCUGCAUGGUUACGAUGGCGCUGUUUGAUACGCUACUGGGAUUGCAUUGUGAAGAUCUGAUGCUGGAGCUGCUGUUAAAGUAUAUGCUGCCGGGCAAACAUGUGCCUAUUUCACAUCGCCACAAGAUCAACAAAAUCGAUCCAUAUCUGAACACCACCGAGUUCUUUUUGGAACUCACCCCGGAUGUGAUGAAGCGUGCCCGCGAUUUAGCGCGUCCAAAGAGUGUGGAUUUUAACGCUGAACCAGCGGCAGCUUCCUCUGUGUUGCCCAAUUUGCCUUCGCCGGUGAUGAGCAAAACUAUUGGCGCCAACUGGAACUAUUAUGGUCACUAUGCGGGCGACAGUCUGUAUGCCAACAUUCAAGCAUAUCUCUUUGAGGCGCAUUCGCGAAUCGCACAAUGUCAACGCGAUUGCGUCAAGUGGGCGAACAAUUAUCGCUAUCAGAAGUGGCCACGACAAGGACAAACGCGUGCCACAGCACAUGCCUUGGAGCUAGCCAGGCAGUUCUUCAGCGAGUUUGGCAGCACAGCGACGCCGUUGGCUGUACCAGCUGUGAGUGAGCUGGGCGAAAAGCAACUGGAUAGCUUGCAAUCUAUUGGCGAAUCGAGUGGCUAUGAAUCGUUCAAGUGGCGGCCCGCAGAUGAUGCAGACGAUGGCAAUGAUGGGACCAAUAAUAAUAAUACCACUGUGACCAGCGAAACGGAUCUGGAGCAGAGCAACAGCAGCAGUCAUCAUAAUACCAGCAGCUUGAGCAGCGGGCGACGCGAUUCGUGGCGUAUUUCACACAGCACACGCAAUGAACUAUUGCUCACAGAUUUAGAUUUCUCGGAGGAUUUGUUUGCGCAGGGCACCGUAAGCUUAGGUCCCUUUCUCAAUGCCAUUUGGGGCAAACUGCAAACCUUCACGAGCAACUCGCUGUACGUCAACCUGCAUCUAACUGGUCUGAUUACACGCCUCGCCUGGUAUCCAUUGCCUUUGGUACACUCUCUGCUGCUUCGAUCAGACAUUGCCAUCACCUCGGAUACGCCGUCGUUUCAUCAAGUGUUGCGCAUGCUGAAGCAGCAAAUUGAUGCCGAGUUGCCAGUGGCUGAGAAUUCACUGGAAAUUAUCGAUGUUGCGCGUUCGUAUCUGAUUGAUCGCGAGUUUCGUUUGGUCAAUGCGCGCAAAGUAAGCGACAAUUCGCCCCUGCAUCAGCAACAGCUGCAGCACCAGCAGCACGGCCACAACACUAGCAGCCAGCAGUCGGGUCAUCACCGUUCCACAUAUGCCACACUUUCGGCAGCGACACCAGUGCAGGCUUCCCCAAGCAGCGCCUAUGAUCCGUUUAGACGCAGUGACAAUAAGCGACGCAGCAUCAGCAAGUCCAUCACAAGUAUGUUUAGCCGCAGAUCCGCUUCAUCCACAGCGCAGGCAGCGCCAGCAGCUGCAACCACAACGAACUCGACUUCAUCUGGCUUAUCACAAAUUUACGCAUUCUUCACCGGCGCCGCUUCCACUCUUGUGGGCGGACCAAACAACACGGACAUGACUCGCGGCUCAGCGCAGGACACUGCAAGGGGCAACACCUGUGAGACAAGUCUGAGCACCGCGCCACAGGCAAGUGGCGCAGGAACAGGCACGGGUAGCAACAACAGCUCCACACAAACAUUAUCCGGUCCCCACUCGUCAAGCACGCUGCUUGGCGGCGAAAGUGGCGCAGCAAGCUUUAAUUCGGAACCCGUAUCAUUGGAUUCAGUUGCCUCGAUGGGCAUCAUUGCCAAUACUAGUGGCACGGAGCGCUCUCGUGAUUUGGCCUUAUGUGCUGUGCUAUUAGAUGAGUGGCUCAAGGAACUGGCGGCUAUUGCGCUGGAGCAGAGUGUAGUGCUCGUAACGGAGCAGCUGCUUUGACAACAACGGCAAAUGCACAAUAGUGAUUAUCGGAUUUGUUGACGUUUAUUUAUUUUGGAAAACCAGUUCAAUUAUUUUGUAAUCUUGCUGUUAAAUUAUCAAAAAUUGUAUUAGUCUGUAUUUCGUACGAACAAAAUGGCACUUUUGAACAGAUUUACCCUUUAAAAAGAAAAACAAAAAUAAAAACAAUCACUCGUUAAUCUAAUAUUUUAGUUUAAGGUUUAAAGUUGUAAUCAAAACAUGUUGCUAGCUGACAGAAUCGACAAUUUUUAAGUGUUCAAAUGUAAAAAAAGAAACAAAAAUUAUUCUAAUUACAAGCAAUAGGCAUAUAUAAAUAUAUUACAUAUAUAUACACCUUUAUAUAAAUGAAGUUGGAUAUUAGAUGAGAAAGUUUUUACACCACAGCAUACCAUUUAAAUAUGUA